AUGCCAAAUAUGUUAGAGGAGUUUUGUUCUAAAUCACAUCCAAACAGUCUUAAAGCUGUUGAUUUACAACUUGAAUCUGAAAAAAUACAGAGAAAGGCAGCUGAAAGUGCAAGAGUAUAUUUGGAGGCUUCAUUCUCCCAGUUGAUGACACUCGCAGAAAAAGCCCUGGAUGGGAAGGAUGAAUUCAGAAGGCAUAGAGACAAUGCCCUUCACCAAAAGAACCAAAUUUGCACUUGCAGAGAGAAGGGAAAUUUUGCCAAACAAUUAGCUGAAGCUUUGAGAUUGAAAGAAGAUGCAGUUAUGCACAGAGAUUUGAGUAUUCUGGAGCUUGAAUCUGAAAGGAAAGCCAAAAUUGAUGUUGAAUCUGCAAGAGAUGAAACAUUAAAGGAAAGAGAUGAACUUAGAAGUAAAAAAGAUGAAGCUUUGCAAGAAAAGGCAAAGGUUACCAGACAAUUAGCUGAAGCUUUGAGAUUGAAAGAAGAUGCAAUAAAUCAAAGAGAUGUGAACAUGUUGAACCUCAAAUUGGAAAGGCAGGCAAGAAAGGCUGCCGAGACUGCAAGUGCAGACCUUAAAUUUGAAAGGCAGGCAAGAAAGGCUGCCGAGACUGCAAAAGCAGAUACAGAGGAUUUACUAAAGCAGAUGCAGAGCAUGAAAGCUAAGAAAAUAGAGACUCUACAGAGACAGAAAGAUGAUGCCCUAUUUCAAAAGGCAAAUGCUUGCAUAGAAAAAGAAAAGAUUGCAAAACAAUUAGAUGAGGUUUUGAGAUUGGAAGCCAAGAAAAUAAAUACUCUACAGAGACAGAGAGAUGAUGCCCUCUGUCAAAAGGAAAAUUCUUGCAGGGAAAAAGCAGAGAUUGCAAAAGAAUUAGAUGAGGCUUUGAGAUUGGAAACAACUAACGAAAGAAUAAGGAUUCUAAGGGAACAAAAUGACCUUAACCUUAAGAACCGAAAGGAUCAGAUUGUUUCAUGGAUGGUUGUGGCUUGUGACUUGAGUGUUUCUAUUACAUUUUUUACUGUUCUGUAUGCUCUGAAAAUAUAA